AUGGAUCCUGUAAACGACAGAAACACUGGCUCAGAUGUAUCGAGUAGUGGCGACACAGUGGACGUAGAAGUCACCAACUAUGAAAAAGCACAGUUGGGCCAAGCUCCGUUACCACUAGCUCCUGCACCAACACCAGCAGUACCCAUUACCGAGAAAGGACACAAGAGCAAGGAUUCGAAGAAGGACACAGACAGCGAUGAUGAGGGUGAAGAUCCGUUCGCUCAUCUCCCCGAGCAUGAGAAGGCUGUCUUGAAGCGGCAACUGGACGUGCCUGUCGUCAAGGUCACAUAUGUAAUGCUGUUCCGCUACUCGACGUUCAACGACAAACUCCUGAUGGCGCUGGCUGCCUUCUCUUCUAUCAUUGGAGGCGCCCUGUUGCCCCUCAUGACCAUCGUCUUUGGCGGUCUCACAACAACCUUCCAGCAAUUCUUCUCUGGAGAAGUAUCGCAGUCCCACUUCAACUCUGAAUUGAGUAGGUUCAGUCUAUACUUCCUCUACCUGGCUAUUGGAGAAUUUGUCUUCGUCUACAUCGCCACGGCUGGAUUCCUCUACACCGGCGAACACGUUUCCGGGAAGAUUCGCGAGAACUUCUUGAAAGCCAUUCUUCGCCAAAACAUCGCCUUUUUCGAUCAGCUUGGUGCGGGAGAGAUCACCACUAGAAUCACAUCAGACACCAACCUUGUUCAAGAUGGUAUCUCUGAGAAGGUUGGUCUGACACUCACUGCUGUCGCCACUUUUGUCACUGCCUUCGUAGUGUCUUUCAUCAAAGAUUGGAAACUCACCCUGAUCCUCAUGUCGACCGUUUUCGCAAUCGUAUUCACCAUGGGUGGCAUGAGUGGUUUUAUUGUCAAGUUCAACAAGGCGUCUUUGUCGUCUUACGCCGAAGGUGGUACCGUGGCCGAGGAGGUUAUCUCAAGUGUUCGCAACGCCAAAGCUUUCAACACCGAAGCUAAAUUGACUAGAGCGUACGAUGCUCAUCUCGCUGUAGCUGAGAAGUGGGGCUUCAAGAUGAAGGCUGUCACUGGCUCUAUGAUUGGCUUCUUGAUGUGCUACGUCUACCUGAACUACUCCCUGGCAUUCUGGAUGGGCUCUCGAUACCUUGUCAGCGGUCGUGUCAAGGUCGGUGAUGUCUUGACCAUCAUCCUGAGUAUUAUGAUUGGCGCCUUUGCUCUUGGAAACGUUGCUCCUAACAUCCAGGCUUUUACUACUAGUGUUGCUGCAGCAGCCAAGAUUUUCGCUACCAUCGACCGGGUCUCACCCCUAGACCCUUCUGCUGCAUCUGGCGAGACUUUGAAGAGCGUCGAAGGUCACAUUGAGCUACGUAACAUCCGUCAUAUUUACCCCUCUCGUCCUGAAGUCACCGUCAUGGAGAACGUUAGUCUUGUUGUCCCAGCCGGUAAGACAACUGCUCUGGUGGGCGAGUCUGGAUCGGGCAAAAGUACCAUCGUUGGUCUCGUUGAGCGAUUUUACGACCCUGUUGGUGGAAACGUUUAUCUCGAUGGUCAGGACAUCUCGACUUUGAAUCUGCGCUGGCUUCGCCGCCAAAUCUCUUUGGUCAGUCAGGAACCAACACUCUUCGCUACCACCAUCUUUGGCAACAUCCGCCAUGGAUUGAUCGGUACCGCUCACGAGGGAGAGUCGGAGGAAAGGAUUCGUGAACUCGUCGAGAAUGCCGCCAAGUUUGCCAAUGCCCACGAGUUCAUCACCGGUCUGCCGGAAGGAUAUGAGACCAACGUUGGUGAACGUGGUUUCUUGCUCUCUGGUGGUCAGAAGCAGAGAAUCGCUAUUGCCAGAGCCAUGGUUAGCGACCCCAAGAUUCUCCUCCUUGAUGAGGCUACGUCUGCCUUGGAUACAAAAUCGGAGGGUGUUGUACAAGCUGCACUGGACAAGGCGGCCUUGGGACGUACGACGAUCGUCAUCGCUCACAGACUCUCCACUAUCAAGGGCGCUGACAACAUUGUUGUCAUGUCUCGUGGUCGUAUCGUGGAACAGGGGACGCAUGACGUGCUGAUUGGACAGAAAGGAGCUUACUACAACCUGGUCGAAGCCCAAAGAAUCGCUGCCGAGAACGAGAGCAAAGAUCAGGAAGAGUUUGGUAUUCUGGACGAGAAGGACCAGAAUCUUACCCGCGUUGUCACUAAGGGUGAAGAGUCCGAGGACGGCCUCCAGCUUGCUCGCACUCAGACCAGCAAGUCCAAGUCCAGCAUCGCCCUUGCAAACAAAAAGGCCGACAUUGAGAACCGUUACUCUCUGUGGACUCUGAUCAAGCUCGUCGCAAGCUUCAACAAGAAGGAGUGGCUCUACAUGACUAUUGGCAUCAUCUGCUCUGUCAUCACAGGUGGUGGUAACCCGACACAAGCCGUGUUUUUUGCCAAAGCCGUCACCGCACUCUCUUUGGACACCCGUAUACCAUCAAAUCUCCCCAUCAUUCGUCGCGAGGCCAACUUCUGGUCCUGGAUGUACUUCAUGCUUGCCAUGGUUCAAUUCGGUGCCUUCAUUCUCCAAGGAUACGUUUUCGCCAUUUGCUCUGAAAGAUUGGUUCACCGCGCUCGCGAGCAAGCCUUUAAGACUAUGCUUCGUCAGGAUGUCGCUUUCUUUGACAAAGAAGAAAAUACUGCCGGUGCUCUGACCUCCUUCCUGUCUACUGAGACCACCCACCUUGCUGGAAUGUCCGGCGUAACACUUGGAACGCUUCUCUCUGUCAUCGUCACUCUGAUUGCCGCGUUUUCCGUCUCUCUGGCCGUUGGCUGGAAGCUCAGUCUGGUCUGUAUCUCAACUGUACCUAUUUUGCUUGCAUGCGGUUUCCUCCGAUUCUGGAUGCUGGCUCGUUUCCAGGCCAAGGCUAAGAAGGCAUACGAGAAGUCUGCUAGUUACGCCUGCGAAGCCACUUCCGCUAUUCGCACAGUCGCAUCCUUGACCAGAGAGGAUGAUGUCCACCUUCACUAUCACGACCAGCUUGUUGACCAAGAGCGCAAAUCGCUUGUGUCUAUUCUCCGAUCUUCAAGUCUUUAUGCUGCUUCCCAAUCGCUCAUCUUCUGUUGUACAGCUUUGGGUUUCUGGUACGGAGGGCGUUUGAUUGCCAGUGGCGAGUACAACAUGUUCCAAUUCUUCCUAUGCUUCAGUGCCGUCAUCUUCGGUGCACAAUCUGCCGGCACGAUCUUCUCCUUCGCUCCCGAUAUGGGCAAGGCCAAGCAGGCUGCUGCAGAGCUCAAGAUUCUAUUUGAUCGCAAGCCUGAAAUUGACAGUUGGAGCGAGGAUGGUGAGAAGCUUUCCAACGUCGAGGGUCAUCUCGAGUUCAGAGAUGUACAUUUCCGUUACCCGACUCGUCCCGAGCAGCCUGUAUUGAGAGGUCUCAAUCUCACCGUAAAGCCUGGCCAAUAUGUGGCUCUGGUUGGUGCUAGUGGUUGCGGCAAAUCGACGACUAUCCAGCUUCUCGAGCGCUUCUACGACCCUCUGGCUGGUGGUGUAUACAUCGACGGCAAGGAGAUUUCAAGCCUCAACGUCAACAACUACCGCUCAUGGAUCGCUCUUGUCUCACAGGAGCCCACUCUCUACCAAGGCACCGUCAAGGAGAACAUCCUACUCGGUGCUGACAGAGAAGACGUCCCACAAGAAGACAUUGUACAGGCUUGCAAAGACGCCAACAUCUACGAUUUCAUCAUGUCAUUGCCGGAUGCCUUUGACACCAUCGUGGGUAGCAAGGGUAGCAUGUUGUCAGGUGGUCAGAAGCAGCGUAUUGCCAUCGCUAGAGCUCUGCUACGUAAUCCCAAGAUCUUGCUCUUGGACGAGGCUACCUCUGCUCUCGACAGUGAGUCUGAAAAGGUCGUUCAGGCUGCUUUGGACAAGGCUGCCAAGGGUCGUACUACUAUCGCCGUCGCGCAUCGUCUAUCCACUAUCCAACGCGCAGACAUGAUCUACGUGUUUGAUGCUGGUAGAGUCGUUGAAUCCGGCACACACACUGAGCUUCUCCACCUGAGAGGACGCUACUUCGAGUUGGUCAACUUGCAGAGCUUGGGCAAGGCACAGUAA